AUGUGUACUUCUUAUCAAUGGUUCCAGGUUGAUGACGCUGCAGAUUUCGGCAUCCAAUUCGAUGCCGCGGGCAUCUACCUCGUCGGCACACCGACCGAUCAAUUCCACGUAUCCUUCGAAGAACUAAUGAGGCAUAAUCGGACUCCUCGAGUAUGGGCUCACAUGGAAAGUGAUACACGCAGUGCUAAGCCGAAUUCGACAUCGAGUUUGGCAGAAUUCGAGAACGUCACUCGAUACGCCUCCCCCGCUGUGGAUCGACAAUUCUGGUCCGGCGUUGUAUGA